UAAUUUUCUGUGCAUCGUGAAUCAUUGUACACAGUUCUAUAGUGCAUUCAGACUUCAGUACAGUACAGGGCAGUGAAGACCCCUCUCUUUUCGUUUAACCGUUUGACAGUGACCUCCCGAAUUCCACCAGGUUUAUAGACCAUUCUAUACUGUUUCUUUAUCCAAUCAACUACAAAAAUGGCAAGCCAAAAUGUAGCCGGGAUAAAAGUGGAUGACGAAGUCGUUACGAAGUUUACCAAGGAAGGCAGAAUGAAAAAUGCUCCCUACAAAUGUCUGUGCAUGAAGUUCAAUGAUGAUAAGGAAUGUGCCUUGGUGGUGUUAGACGAGACCAACCAUGUACUCAAAGAGGCGGAGGAUAGUAUCCCAGACCUUGAUGAUUAUGACGCGAGAUUACCCUACGAGAAGAAAUUGUUCGAUGAUUUUGUCAAGAAAAUUAUGAGUGAUUGUCCAGAUAGUGUCAGAUUUUUCACGUGGGACUUCUACUUCAAGAGCACAAGUGGAACUUGCAAGACCAAACUUGGCCUUAUAGCCUGGAUCCCAGAAUAUACCAAGGGUAGGGGAAAGUUGUGCGGUGCUUCUGCAAAACCCGAAAUUGAACAUAGGAUCGAUCUCAAGGCUAGCGUUACGGUAAACGACGCAGAUGAUAUGGAUUACAUGGACUUGGCCAAAUCUCUUACGCUUGGAUUCAAGAAUUAAACGAAUCGAUAUCAUUACAUUUCAUCCUGUCGACAACAAGAAGGCCAAGUAGGACACUGUCAAUGAUGAUGUGACAUUAGAAGUUUUAAAAAUGCUAGUGCAAGAAAUGAUGAAUUUUUUGUGAAAUUUGAGUUUGUACCAUUGAAAUGUACAUAUAUGUACUGUUCCAUUCUCCUAGUUUGGUGUCAAUUACACUUAAGGUCAACAUGGCCGAUAGCCAAGGUGAAGCAUUGAACAUGGCUGUCCUAAUGCAUUUUCCAUUAGCCGUGGUUUUGCCCAUUCCCUCUAAAUGAAAAAAAUGGCACUUGACGAACUUCGUGCACAAGUAAUAGUACAUGUAUCUUAUAAAUGAUAUUUGAUGGAAUUAUAUUCAUUCCCAUGACAAGGCUAUGCCAAGUCAGUAUUUUGGAAUUCCGUAGUGGAGUUUUGACCAAUACUAAAUAUCUGGCUUUGCAAAGUCCUCUGAUUCAAAUGCAAGGGCAAGAGCGGUUGAUGGACACCUGUGGCUAUGUUGAGCAACACUGUCAAAUCAGCUGAUUUUUAAAGAUGUCCUCGCCAAUACCGAUGUGCGCUUUUUUGGUGUGCUGAAUUAGUCCAAAAACAUGUAAUAGUAAUUUGAAUUUUCGUCUCUGAGAUGCUCAUUGUUUUAUUUCAUUGUCUUUGUGCUAUUCCUUGCUGUUCAUUACCGUAACUGGAAAAUGAGGAUGACUGAGUAAAUGUGUCAAUGCGACCUAGAGUAGCCCUACAUGUAAAGGCCAGGUGAUAGUUGGUCAAAGGUCUGUUGGAAUAGAUUUGCCUCUUUAGAAACAUCUGCUCUUGGGCUGUUAUUGAGCCGACUGUUGUACAACGAGAGUCCACUACUUGUGUACAUGCUAAUCCCAUUUGGUCAGUUUAUAUUCAUUUUCGUCACUUUUAAUUUCAAUAGCGUAAUUUUACGUGAUCGGGUUGGGCACAGUUAUAUUUUGACCAAAAGGUUUGAAUGGACCAAAAGCAUAAAAAUGUGAUCUGCAGCCCAACGCAAUGCUUCUCGUAGUCCUUUUUUUACAGCACUGUCAGCUGCCCUACAAUAUAACCUUCAGUACUCUAACUGUCCGUGAUUUUGUCUUCAGUUCUAACUGAAUCUCUGUCGUCUGUCAUAUCUGUGGUUGUACAAUGAACAGUGUACAUGUCGGGGCUUCUUCUUAUAGAAACCUGGUCAAAAGCACUGAUUAACAGAUAAUUAUAUUCUGUCUGAAAAUGUAAUGUACAUAUGACCGAUAAAAUGUCUUUCGCGAAAAACAAAAUGAUUUUUUUACAAUUGCUCACUACAUUGUAACUACUUGUAGCCUCUUUUGAUGUACUAUUGUAAUAAAUAAGGGAAUUCGAA